GUCUUCCUAAUUGUAAUUUGGAAAGAGAGCAGAGCAUGUGGAAGGGGAAGCGGGUGUGAAAGCACUUGGCAUAUUCCCAGGACGGAAAGAAAGCAAAGCCAGCUGGGGAAAGGUCUCUAGGCCCUGACCAGUGGAGGGUGAAGAUUUAUUCAUGGCAAACCAUUAAGAGCAGCUCUUCGACUAGGUCUUCUGUCCGUGUUGGCAACCUCAGAACACCAGCAGGAUGGCUGCGAACAAGAGCAAGGGCCAGAGCUCUUUGGCCCUGCACAAGGUGAUCAUGGUCGGCAGUGGCGGGGUAGGCAAGUCGGCUCUGACACUCCAGUUCAUGUACGACGAGUUCGUAGAAGACUAUGAACCCACCAAAGCUGACAGCUACAGGAAGAAAGUGGUUCUUGAUGGAGAAGAAGUCCAGAUUGAUAUUCUGGACACCGCUGGACAAGAGGACUAUGCAGCUAUUCGAGACAACUACUUUCGGAGUGGGGAGGGUUUCCUGCUAGUGUUCUCAAUCACAGAACACGAGUCCUUCACAGCAACUGCGGAAUUCAGGGAACAGAUCCUCCGUGUGAAGGCUGAAGAAGAUAAAAUCCCACUGCUUGUCGUGGGAAACAAGUCUGACCUGGAGGAGCGGAGGCAGGUGCCAGUGGAGGAGGCCAGGAGUAAAGCCGACGAGUGGGGCGUACAGUAUGUGGAGACGUCGGCUAAGACGCGCGCCAACGUGGACAAGGUGUUCUUUGACCUAAUGAGAGAAAUCAGAGCUAAGAAGAUGUCAGAAAACAAGGACAAAAAUGGCAAGAAAAGCAGCAAGAACAAGAAGAGUUUUAAAGAAAGGUGCUGCUUGCUGUGAAUGCCCGGAUGGUGGGGGAAAUCAGUUGUGCUAAGGACACAGAGCUGGGUUCGUAGUGAAGGCCACAGAGGCUUCCAGCUGCGCUUCCUGCUCUCCUGACCUCACUCAUGCAUACUUCUUUAAGAGGGGGAAAUGCUGUGACUGGGCGGCUGGCAGAGGAAACAAGCCCUGUCCGUGCAGUGGCAUGGCUGCCUGUCAUGCCUCCUGACAGCCACUCCACUUCUCUCCUAGGGGCGAGCUCCCUCCCUCUCUCCUCGUCCUCCCCUCUCUCCCUCCCUCUCAGCAACUUAACUACAUGAAACAGUCAAGUGUUACCUAAAAAGUAUUGUCCUAGCUUCUUCUUUCGUUCUUAGUUAUUUACAUUACCAGAUCAUUUGUUUUGAAAUAAAUGUCACAUUGUGUUAUGGAAAAGGUGGGAGGAGUGAGAUGAUCUCCCCUCCCCACCUUAUCACCCCUACCUUAUCAGUUUUGCAGUAGGACUAAGAAAAGUCCAGUAGGCUCUAAUGACUCUUGAAAAAUCCAGGGAUUUUAAGUUUUUCCUAUCGGAAGUAUAAAUAAAGUAAUUUGUAGUUCUGAAUUGCACCAAAUAAGUCAAACCCAAGCUCAUAAUCUUCCACACAUGUGAAAAAGGAAAGUCAUGAGUUGUUUUCUUCCGAUUUAAAUAUGCCACUUAUAGUGCGUGUGGCCGUUUCCCCCUGUAGCACCCUGAUUUCGUGUAGGAACUUCCUUUUGUAGACUAAGUGCAGACUCGAGUGUACACUCUGUCAGUGAUGCGCUCUUCCAGUCAGGUGUUCUGUAUGUUCUUGGGCCGUGUCCUCUCCUAGCUGCCAGUCACGUGCCCGUCUGCCCACUAGUAACUGUCACCUCUGUCUCCCUGACCACCUUCUGUGUGCCUGCAGAGG